AUGCAACAACAACAGCAACACCCUAUUCCUGAGCAUCACCACAUUCAAUACCCAUCGUACAAGGACCCCUCUAGCCCUCCUUACCUCCCGAGCAAUGGUCAUGCAAAUGUUACUGGCAUGCUGAACAAGACUAACAGCAACAGCAACGGGAUGGUCCGCUCCCACACCCACUCUCUGAGCCACCCAAACUUGCCGUUUGCGCCAUACCAGGAACAGAACCAGAAGCAGCAAUACCAACAACCACAGCAGCAGCACUUUAACGGCUUCCAACAAGUUCACUCACAAUCACCCUUCCGAGCGCCUGGCAGUCACAUCCCUCAUUCGAUGUCGAUGCCCAUGAAGCCACCAACACCCACAAGGAUGCACCUUCAGUUCGGACCGACCACAGGCGUAGGCGCGCCAUCGUACGAUCGUCGUGGUAGUCUUGGCAGUGGCGGAUACCAUCUUCUCCAUCACGAUAUGAUGGACACGGCCAUGGACUCGGAUGGCUCUUCCGAUAGAGAUUCUGGAGAUGAGGGUUUUGGUGGUAGUUUUGGUGGUGGUGUCACUCAAGGUGCCCAAUGGACCCGACAAGAGGCCCCAUCAGUCGACAUUUUACUUCGCGAGGCUGUUGUCAAGUUCAACGGUAAAGCCUGGAAGAGAAUAGCCGAGUACUGUUUCCCUAACGGAUCCCGAGACAAAGAUCAGUGUCUGCAACGGUGGAGAAUGAUAUCUAAGCCAAGGUCGAUCAAGGGUCCAUGGACCCCCGAGGAGGAUCGCCAACUGAGGAUGCUGGUGAAUGAGUUGGGUGCGGAAAAGUGGGUGCUGAUUGCCAGCCGACUUGGAUCACGUACCGGAAAGCAAUGCCGAGAGCGUUGGCACAACCACCUUGACCCCAAAAUUGACAAGUCCCCUUUCACGGCAAAGGAGGAUGAGCUGAUUUUCAAGCUAUUCGCACAGUUCGGGUCCAAGUGGGCCGAGAUGUCCAAGCUGAUGCCAGGCCGUCCCGAUAACGCCAUCAAGAACCACUUCAACACAUCCAUGCAGCGUAAGCGCAGAAGACUCUCCCUCCAAGAUCCAUCAGAGCUUCAGAUGAAGGGUGAGCACGGGCCUUCGAACGGUGCGGUCUCCCCACCGUUGGCGUCGCCCACCUCAACGUCUCCUUCCGUCGCGCGGCAUAACCGAUUUGAUCCAUAUGAACGGAGGCACUCCAUGCCAUCUUUAGAGUUUUCGCCCAAGGCAUUCAACCACCACCACCAUCCACACCAUCACCACAGCGGGUCGCGUGAUUACUCGGGAGAAGGCAGUGCAUACCAACAACCACCUCCACCACCACCACAUCAUCACCAUCCUCAGCAACAGCAGCAACAACAACAACAUCCCAAUGGCCCUGGACAAGGACCUUACCCUAGGACUAUUUCAACUCCACCAAAGACCCCCGACACCAAAGGUCCACUCAAUUUUGCCGCCAGCAUGUCACGAUCAAUCUCACUGGGAUCUUCUGACCGGAUGGGCAUGCCCGCACCAGGAGGAGGAGGAGCAAGUGCAAACGGAGGACACCCACAUCACCACCACCACCACCACCAGCACUCGCAAUCAUUAUCCCACAAUGGGCCCGUCAGACCCAACCUACCAGGAAUCUCGUCUCUGCACAGCCCUCCACCGCCACCUCAGCCUCCACACAGUGGCAACAACCAUGGUCACCACCUGUACAGCACCUCGACCAUGGCUGCCAUGGUUCCCCCUUCCUCCUCGACCACAGCCGCUCUUGCGUCUCCAUCGUCAUCGUCUACACCUCCCUCCGCUGUUUUAAUGGCCAGGUCGUCAUCUGCCAUGGGCAUCUCAAACGAGCCUCCUUCGCCCUUCUACAGCAGGAACCCCAGGGAUGGAUCAUUCAACCCCAACCAACAGCAGCGACCAGAAUUCCCUCGACCCAACUUCCCUCGACAUGAGUCAGCUGGAGGCAGUUCGAGUCGGUUCGUCCGCGGUCACGAGCAUCAUCGUUCACUGGAUAUUGACCCCUUCUCGGCUCUGGCAGAGUUGGCUAACUUGGCCGACCAGCAGCGCCAAGCCCCCAGGAGUGGCUCUCCGACCUCGAACAACAACAACAAGUCAGUGACGACUACCAGUAGCAACUACCAUGGUGCCACGACAGUCGUCGUCCAGAGCAGCGAGGACAAUGAUGAGGACAACAACGGUCAUAUCCAUCACCGCCAACAACAACAUCAGCAGUGCCACCAGCGACGAGGAAGUCAGGGGGGCAGUGGAGGCGAGUCGAUGUCGAGGUCAGGAUCAGGAUCAUCUAUUGACGGACCGGACGUGGAGGACGUUGAGGAUGCAGUGAUUAAGACCAUGAUCGAGCGACCCCUUGUACAUACACCUACGCCCACUCAGGGUCCACCUGCGCCUGGUCCCUUGGCACGACGAUUCUCGACACUUGGACAUGUCAAGGAGGAGGAACACGGCGAAGAGGGCGAGGAGCAUCAGCAGCAGCAUCAGCACUCGUACCAUAUUGAUCCCCGCGUCAACAACACCACCGGCCCCACGCAUGGCACUUUGGGUCACAGCAAGAGCUAUAGUGGACAUGGUGGUAUCGGCGGUAGCGGCACCCGGGACAUGUCGUCGUCAAUGAUGGGUUACCGUUCCAAGCGAUUCUCGAUGGAUUUCUCGACUACGUCUGACCCAGCCUCGGAUGGCGAUGAGGACGAUGAUAAUAUGGUAGUCGAUGGAGCCGAAGGAGCACGCUACUACCAGCAACAGCAGCAGCAACAAUCUCAGCACCCUCAUUACAACCAGCAACAAUACCAGCAACAGCAGCAAUAUCGCUACCCUACCAAGCAACAAGAGGCAUCGUCGUCCUCGUCUCCGACAUCCCCUGGACCCAGCGCGGAGUACCUAUCGAUCAGACGGGGAUCUGUACGAGAAUUGAUGGCAAUUGACCAUCUGUGCCUGAGCUCUGAAGAAGUCGAGCGGUGUUGA